ACACGUUCCACAUCUGUGAGAUUGAUCAAUGGAACGCGUAACUAACUAGCUAUUGAUCCUGUUUCGUCAUUUGUAUAAAAUUCACUUGGGAAAUGACUUGAUUAGUACAACAUAUACGUUUUGGUAACAUGAACACAUAUUUUAUGGUUAAAUAACAUGGCCAGUUUGGAAUUUAUAUUUCAGAACACAUCGUAAUCGAUGGGUCAUAGAGUACGGUAUAUCAUUCGGAUGUCAGAGUUCCAAUGUGAACUCGUGUGCUUCUGGCUCCCGCCAAGUUUGAGUAGCAUAGGAAGCUAUUAGGAUGGAGUUGGUGGGUAAGGCGGUUGAUGUGGUGAAGGAUAGUGGAUACGUCUUGAAACAAGAACUGCCCACAUAUAUUAAAGUAUUUGGAUUGGAAGAAUCUGUUGGCUUGUUCGUUCAUGGCUUUGAGGUGAAAUCUUCUCCGGAUGUUUUGCAGGAUAACUCCAGUGAAUGUGGAUUGGAUAUCACAGGAUCGCCAUUGAAAUGUUCGUUUGCUGUGGAUGAAGAAAGUAAACCAUUGCACGCUUGUGAAAACUGGUUGGGUGAGGAGGCUGAUUAUUGUCCACUAGCUCAACAAGAAGCGAGGCUACUGUUGCGCAAGUACACAAAAAACUAUUGCAAAGAUCACGUGGAUCGUCCCGAAUUGUGGGUGCUGACAAAGGGUAACCCUGUGUUGCAUGCUGUGGAGUUGGUACAAGGCUGGUGGUCACGAACACUAGUCACUCAGUGUGGAUCCAAAUACCUAAUUGAUGUAGAUGUUUCAUCACUUGUAAAUAAGCAUACCUCUAUUGCACGGAUGCCAGAUGUCAAGCCAAAGUGUCAUGUUGUUGCUACCUGUGAUGUAAACACAAAUAUGAACUCAAUCCAUGAGAACAGUGAGAACACAAAUGUUACUGUGAAAUUAAAGUGGAACCAGCCAGUGAAGAAACCUCCUCAUGAUACAACAGCUGUCAUUAAUAUCACAUGUGAUGCUGGGAGUAAUGCUAACAGGCUGUGGCAGCAUCUAAUGCUGUUGCAUGAUUGGGUGAAAUCACUUAAAAGUAUUCGUGUUAGUGGUGGUCAUGAUGUGGAACUUCCAGGUAGUGGCAAUGUUAUAGACAGAUUGAAUGAUUUUGAAUUCAUGAAUACUCCAUCAAGGGGAUCUGCGCCCACCAAUGUUUCUGAUGCAGUGACAGAUAAUUCAUCUGUUCCACUUGAUGGAACAGACAAGCUAUGGCUUAUACUUUCAGACUGCAGUAACCAGAUUGAGCUCAAACAAUGUUUCAAUAUCUUCUUUGGGUGUGUCCUUUCCAAGAAAAUAAAUCCAUAUGUACGCCCCACAAACUGCACAACUGCUGCAAGGAUUAUUAAGGAGCUGAUUUCUGGUGAACGAGAAACAGUGCCAGAGCUUCUGGGUAAUGAAUGUGUGGAAAUAAUUAUUGAAAUGGGUCUGGAGAAGCUUGUUAAUGAAUACUUACAUAUCUUUCUGAGCACAAAUCUGCUAACACCCAAACAGAUGAAGCAGGGUUUAAUUUUUUCAGGAAGGAUAUCAGAUGUUGAUAACUGUAUGACUUGGCUGGCAAAGAGGCAUGCUGCACUUGAACUUCUGGUAGCUGCUGAGAGGUGGCUGUUACUUGACAGAGACUAUUUAUCAACAUUAGCAGUAGAUGCAGUAGUUUUCUGUGACUCUGCUGUUCACAGUUUGGAAGACUUGUUAAUUAAACCAACAAUAAAAAUGCACACUACUGUUGAUAUGGCACUAGUUCUGCAGAGUCUGAACAGUGAAUUUCUGCACUUUGGAUUAAGUUUGACUUCAGAAAACAAAUGUUUAAAAGUGAAAUCUAUGUUUGUUUUCACUAAAUCACCAAUAUUUCCAGAGAAGGUUUGCUACAAAGAAGAUACCUUGGACCUUUCAAGUGACUGUGAAUCAUACAACUGUUAUGAACUUCUUCGCAUCAGUGACAAAGUAUUUUAAAGUCAGUUUUGUUGUGCGCCAGUAAUUUUGUACAUACAGUGUUACAAAACGAGAAGUCUGUUAAAACUGAAAAAGAAAUGAAUUGUGAUUUAGUAAUCUCCUAACAUACAUAUGCUAUAAACAUUUGAUUAGAGCUUAGGAGACAGGUCAAAAAAAUUAGUAGUAUAAUUUAAGUGAUAUAAAACUAUAGUUAACGAGA